AACUCAGGUAUUAUCUUGUCGGACCAAACCUAAACCAUCGAACAGCUGCUGUGCUCUAAUGGAACCGAAGUGUCACGGCCAGUCGCAACAGCACCCAAAGAAAGGCAAAAGGAGCCAUCUUCAAACCCAAAUCCCCAACGCUUCAGCUCAAUCAUCAUCCAACCCGAAAUCAAUUCUUGCUUUUCCUCCACUUCCCCCAGAGAUUCUUUCAGAAAUCUUCUCAAGACUGCCUGUAAAGCCCCUGUUCAAACUCAGAUGCGUAUCGAAAGCAUGGCGCGAUAUAAUUUCCAGCUCCGAGUUUGUGAAAGUUCAUCUCAAGAUCUCGACUUUAAGAAAGGAUUACGCUAACCACAAAAUUCUGAGCAGCUUUGCCGGAACUCAAUUUUCUCUAAAGCAAUGCUCCCUUCGAUCUGUAAUUUCAGAUCCGGUGACAGAGGCAUUCGAGGUCGAUUAUCCCAUGAAAUUCCCACAUAGCUCAGUUUGGAUAAUUGGUUCUUGCAACGGACUGGUCUGCAUUGCCAUUGAAGAGAAAGAUUUGAUUAUUUGGAACCCGACUACCGGGAAAUUCAAGAAAUUGCCGGAUUCGGGGUUUGAAUUGAAACCCGGGUUCUAUUUCUUGUACGGGUUCGGGCACGACGAGUCGAGUGAUGAUUACAAGGUGGUUGGGAUUUUCUGUAUCUUUCAUGGAACUAAUUCAUGUGAGACUGAGGUGAUGUUGUAUAGUUUGAGAAGUGAUUCUUGGAGGAGAAUUGGGGAUUUUAAGGGUGGGGUUUUAUUGAACGAUGCUGGCAAGUAUGUUAAGGGGAAGAUCCAUUGGGCCGCCCGUUCGUCUUCUGGUCUUACUAGUAGCUGGGAAAUUGUUUCUCUGGACUUAUCCAAGGAAGUCUAUGGAAAAGUGAGUCAUCCAGAUUAUGGGGAAGGUUCAUAUGAUUUGACUUUGGGAGUUGUUUGUGGCGAUCUCUGUGUGCUUUGUCAGUAUGAGAAUGCUCACAUGGAUUUGUGGGUGAUGAAGGAAUAUGGAGUGGUUGAGUCUUGGACUAAGAUGGUCACUAUUCCACGUUUGGAUGAACCAAAGGAUAAAUCUUUUUGUUCUUCAUUGUGCAUAGCUGACAGUGGUGAUGUUGUACUAUUGUGUGGAUCUGCCAUUGUUGUUUAUGAUCCAAAAACUAAAGCACUUCGCUAUCCUGAGAUUGCCAACUUUGGUGAUAUACUUGAAGCAGAAACCUAUGUAGAAAGCUUGGUUUCUCCGGUUUCUGACCGGGAAACCCAGCAAUAAAGAGAGCAAUGCCCUAAUCAAAGGUCUGGCUGGUUCUAAGGAUGGAUUUCGCUAUCCGAAGUGCAGCAGAAAGAGGCUACAAUUUCCGAGUCCAUUGCGGGUCUUCUCAUCACCCUCCGUCUUUGUAUGUGUGUUUGUAAAGAAUAAAAAGAAUGAAAAAUCAUUAAGUAAAAAACCUAUUAAUGUAUUUGGGGAUAAUGUAGGAUAUCUAGAUAUGCCACUGAAUGAUGUAGGCAGCCUUGGCACUUCCUAACUGUAUUAGUGUACGAUGUUCUUCCUCUCUUAUGAAGGAUGGAUGCUUUGUGAAUUGAACUGGUGGUGUCCUUGUGAGAUGAUUUUUAACAGAACAUAUCUUAAAC